GUUGUCAAACAUCACCAACGCCAUGACUCGUCUGCUGCUCGGAGCCGUGCUGCUGGGAUUCCUGGGCUUCUCCGUCUCAGGACAAGAGAUGCUCGCUCCACCUGCCCAGGUGAGGUUUGACUCUAGAGACUAUAGGAACGUCCUUCAGUGGAAACCGUCCACCAACACCUCGCUGCUCUACACGGUCCAGUGGAAGAUUUAUGGUGAGCAGGAGUGGUUGAACGCUUCCAGCUGCCAGGAGACCCUGAAGCGUCAGUGUGACCUCAGCAGCGUCACGUCCGACUCCAGGGAGUGGUACUACGCCCGAGUGAGAGCGUCCAGCGUGACCUCCAGCAGCAGCUCGGGCUGGGCCCUCUCCCCCAGGUUCAGCCCGCGCUGGGACACUAAAAUCAGCCCCCCAUCCCUGAGACUGACCUCCACCAAGAGAAGCAUGGUGGUGCAGGUGAAGCCCCCUCGGGUGCUGCUCCGCAAGAUGCACAGCGGUUUGCACUUCAAGAUCUUCCUCAUCCACGCCAGCGGAGAGGAGGAGGAGCUGGACAUGGUCUGCUGCUCCGGCAGGCUGACUCUGAGCAGCCUGAAGCCCAGAGCCAGGUACUGCCUGCAGGCCCAGACCAUCAUACCUCUGCAGGCCAAGAGCAGCGCCCGCAGCGCGCUCAAGUGCAGCGCUGCACCCUGAUGACACAGACGCCCGGGCCGCGUGGGCUGCUCGCGCAUCCUGACACUCCAGCUGCAAUCGUCGCUACCUCCAGGGCUGCAGCCGCCGACAUCCGGGCCUGCAAAGCUCCUGCACUUCAGAUUAGAAACUUUUACCGUCUGACAUGUUUCACCCUCUUUCUCCCUUUUCUCAUUUUGAACGUUCACUGAAAAAUAAAG